CAAUUAUCGAUACCCAUAACUCUAUCAUCUCAUUGGUCACUUUUCUGGGAUUGGGUCUGACGUCAUACAUUGUUGUGCUGAUCUUUCAAAAUGGAGUUGACUUUGCACCGAAAUGUGUAAGGAGUUUUCAUCAAAUAGCCUAGUUCCUCAUCCAAGAUGAUGCUGUCUAGCCCCUAUGCAACAGACCCAGCCUACGGGGGCAGUAAAGACGCCUGUUGGGUCGACGUUGACAGUAACCCGCAACCGCGAGUACGUCCAGAAGCAGACGAGAUCUAUAAGAAGAGUCAGGGUUGCGUCGGAAGACUGUUACAGGUCCAAGGGGAACCGGUGUACAGACCACCGAGUAGGCAAAAGCCAGAGUCCAAGGAUUUCGGGCGAGACAAUGUGCGCAAGAUGCGACAAAUCCAGUCCAUGAACCGACGCAAGAAGAGAGAAGAUGACAAAGUGGCUGGCGAACCGAUAAAAGUCCUGCCUCAAUCUGUCAAGUAUAAGGAGGUGUCGUCCAAGGUUGCUGAACAUGUCAAGCAACCCCCUCAGCAGCCCAGGCCCGCAUCAGCCAACUUUCUCCGGUCUCACAGCCGGACAGGCGGCACCCCUAAGGUCAGGGGAAGGUCACCGAGUCCCGCCCCUAGACCCAAAACGGCCCCCGAGGCGAAAACACAGACCGACGCCAAUUUCAUUGCCCACAACGCCCGGCUGGUCAAGAACCACAAACCACCCCGCCCACCCUCAGCCCUAGCCGAAGAGUCGCUGAAGAUAAAACAAAUCAAAGAUAUGCAAACCUACGAGAAAGGAGCUGUACCCAAAUACUUGAAGGGACGGCAAAAACAGUGGGCAAAACAGGAAGAGGAAAGAAUACGCAACAUCCCCGAUCCGGACAUGCCGCCGGGACACAAGAUGAUGGCCCAAGAGGAACGUCUUAAGACCCUAGGGGUCCUCAAGGAAAAGGAGAAAGAACUUCAGCAGCAGUUGCAUAAACUGCCGCUGAAAGCAGAAACGCUCCGAGCGAAGACCAGAGAAGCCGAGGUCAACUCUCAGUUAGCGGAGGUGGAGGAAGCCAUCAAGAUCUUCUCAAGGUCGAAAGUCUUUAUCAAGAUCGACAGCUGAUAGUUGACAUUGAUAGCUGAACUCAUACCAUGGAACUGCCUUAAUUUGAGGGGAUAUAGUAAGCACUCUUGUCCAGAAUGCACCCCUAUGGGCUCCGAGGCCAAAAGGAAGAAUUGUUUAUUUGCAGAAACCCAACCUACGUGGAAUUUUUUUUUCCAGCCAAAUUGCCAUCCUCAAAACUUUUCCUGAAAAUAAAAAAUCUUCCCUGUUGGAGUUUUUUGUGGUACUGGUUAAUACAAUUGAUCAGGUUUAUUAAACAGAAUACCAUAAACCCUAACUCCCCAGCCUAAUUUACAUGUACUAGGAACCAUACCCAUUCUGGCAAAUUCCAACACCCACAUGGGAAAUUGUACACACACACUGUUGGACUUAGUUUCUGGAAGUAUGCCGACCCCAGUGUAAAAGACUAUCAGUUUAGGGGUACUGUACCUAUCCCAACAGAUUUAAACAAAACCUGCUGUUGAACUUUGAUGGGUUGAGUUCAGUUAUGCUUAAAGAUAUCCUAAAGUAAACAUAUUCAGUAUAACAGAUCCACAGGCAAGCAAAGAUGAAACUUUUAAAAUAAAGUUAUUUUCCUACUUACAUACCUGGAUAAUUUUUAUAGCAUAACUGUACAAACACUUUUUUGUCUUAAAACAUGUUUCCCAUGAAUCGAUAACAAACGGACGCAAUUUGGUCAGUCCAUGCAACUUUUGUCAAAUUCACAGCCACCUAAAAUUGUUCAAGUAUCAUUUUGAGUAUGUAUAUACAUGUGUUGUAAAUGUUGUGUAUAGUUAAACGUUUUUGUGAUAUAAUUCUUCAGCGUUGCACAGGGUUUAUAAAGUCUUGUUCAAGUGUAAAUUAUCCAUUAUUAUCUAGAAUCUCCAUUAUUGCCUUGAAACUUUUACUUUUGAUGUUACAUUUCAUGUUCCGAAUGUGGCAAUUUGUGUAUCGAUCGACCAAACCUUAUUAUGUGAAAUUUAGUCAACAGUAAACGCAUUUGGCAUUACAUCUGUAUUAUGCCGCACGUUCAUAUCAUAGCACAACACAAUCUCAAACUUCAUUUGCAGUUGAAAUAUUUUCUUAUUAUUUCGGUCUUGAAAUUUACAUUUUUCCAAUCCCUUUCCUCCAAAAACCUGUCGUUAAUUCUGUUUCUUUGCGUUUUUCCCAUUGAUUCAAAUUAUUGAUACAUGUUUAUUUUAUAAUUGCAAAAAAAAAAUUGUUCUAGCAUAUUUUGCUGAUCAUUCGCAUUUGAACUUCUGAAAAAUGGUUUUGACCCCAAACCUGCAAUUGGCCUAUCGCUGUUUGCGAGUUAGCCAUGCCCCUUAGAAAACCCUAUGGAAUUUUGCACGUUAAGUUUUGGUUGUCUCAGAUUUUGCACGUUCUGUGUCCAUUUGUAUAGCAAAGUGGACAAUAUUUCACAAGCUUGACGAGAUUCCACCGCGAUAAGUCAAUUGCCUGAUUAAUUUGUUUUGUCUGAAAUUGUUUAUAACAUAUAAUAUUGGCACCAUUUGUGUAAACCUUUGCUAAUACCUCAAAUUUCAGGCAAAACUGUCCCAGUCCGUUGACAUCCCUGUGAAUAGUUAAAGGGUCGAGUAGAAUUUCUGUAAAUAUUUGUAAACUUAUAUCUUCAAUUUCCUUGAAGUAUUCUCGGGUCUUGACUUUUGCAACUCUGUUAAUUUAUCAAACUUAGAUUGCAGUGAUGAUUAAAAACUGAUUGUAACUAAAAUCUGAAGCAAUAAAAGCAGAAUGCACCAUUUAAUUGCUAAAAUGGA